GUUUUUGACAAGAAUAUGUAUGUCAACCGCAGCACCUCCUCCACACUCUUUCUAGAUGCGUACCCUUUUUUUUUGGUGUGUCUCUACUUCCCCUGUAUCUGAUAUGCUUUGAGUUUUGCUUUUGGCUUAUUUUUUAUUUUAAGUACGUCGUCCUCCCUUCUGCUUCUUCGCACGCGCUACGAUACAGUUUUAAAUGCGUUCACUCGCUGCUUUCUCGCACGGAUAUUUCGCAGUUCUUUCAAGUACUAACCUAUACCAUUUUUGUUGAUGUAAGACAACUUUUGAGAAUACCGCUAAGACCGAGGCGGCCAAGCUUCUUUAUUUCUCUAUGGUGUUGCUACUUCCAUUCGGCGUUGAAUCAGAUCAUGGAUUCCUGUUGAGCCAGAAAAACGUUCUCGGAUGUUGGUGACGCACUGGGGACGAGAGGAAUGCGUGCAUGCAGCAGCGGAGACGUGAUCAGGUGACCGAGCGCAAAAUCGCGAACCUCCCAAAUUCGGUGCAACCACGAAAUACGCAAACGCACCAUGGAUGAUCAAAAAAGGAUCGCAUCCCGCGAUGAGCUGCCCGUGUGCGGUCCACUGUUGCAGACUGUGUCGCACGUCGACGGCUUUGUUGAUCUUCACGGCGGCAAGGCGGAAAUUCCGCGCCUCGGGCGCGCGGCGAAAUUGUCAGACCUUGUUGACACCGGGAGCCUGGAUUUGAGCAACGCGAAUAACGCGGGUUCUACUGCGGCGAAUAAGAAGUCAAGGAGAAUUAUUCGCGAAGGAGAUGAUGACGACCUGUUUUCUGAGGAGGGUGACGCGGAGCCGCGAAAGAACCCGGCCGGCGGACUGGGUCUUAUGGAAGACGAAGAUCGGAGAGACUCUGCUUCAGCAGACGGCGAGCAGUUCGGCCUCGCCUCAAGUUCAUCAUCCGGAGAGGACACAAGCUUAAACGUCGUGAAAAAAAGAACUACCACCCCGCAGUCCGAGCCGGAGAAGGUCCAGCAGCAAUCUGGAGCCUCUUCUCUCGUUGACCCCGAAGACGAGCGCCCGGAGGAGGAGGAGGUGGAAAAAACAUCGAAAGGGAAGACAAGUACUACUACCGCUGGCGCAACAUCCAGUCCGAGCCUGAAAAACAAGAUUCUCGUCCUCUCCAACAGUGACACCGAGCAUGAGAAGCCCGUCCCCAUCGACGAGACGGCACUUUCACCAACUGGAGAGCAAACUGCAGGUCGAACCGCGUCACCAGAUGGAGAUGGCCCAGACGUCGCCGGGGGACUACGGUUGCGGGGCCAGCGGCGGAAACGAAACUCCACAACCUCAGCAUCCGGAACCGAAGCCGACGCCGGAACUACGACGGGCGAGGAGGAGGAAGCAGAGGACGAAAAUUCAGCGGAGCCAGGUACAACUAGCUCGUCCACCCAAGAACGCGGACCAAAGCGGCGAAAAAGCACGCCGGGUAAAGACGUAAUUCCAACCGACAUGCAGGUGGUCGAGUUUUCCGACGUGGAGGGCUUCGAGGGCAGCAACGGCGAGGCGCCGCAGAAGAUUGGGCUCGAGCACGCCGUGGAAAAGGUGAUUCUCUCCCUUCUGUCCCCCGCGAUCCACGGGCUGCAGUCCAUCGGCAUUCCGUCCGCGCAAACCCGGGCCGAGCAGCUGAUGGCGGCGACCCCAAUGGCGGCAAACGGAGGCGUUGCAGGUAACGUGUUGAACAACAACGCUGGCGGGGAUUUGGAUCGGACCGAGAUUUGCGUCCGGCAGAUCAUCGCUGGCAGCGAGACGCGGAACACGUCCAGACUUUUAGUUGACUUCUUCCUCGACAUGGUCCCCUUCCUCGGCUGCCCCACGAUUCUGAUCAAGAAUACCUGGGCGGAGCUGCGCGGCAUCGCAAUCAUCGCGGCGCUGUACGGGCACGACCUGAACACGCCACGCGUACAACACGAGAUUCUCUGCUGCCUCGUCCCCCAAGGCUCUCCCGACCAGAUGGCCACCCCCGCGGAUUCUACUUCUGUGUUGCUUACCGACACUGCGGGGAAGGUCGCGAAGGCGAUCAUCAAGAACGCGGUCGAGCGGGCGACAGGCUUGCGCUUGUGUGCGGACGUGGUGGAGCUCGCCACGUUGAUGUACAAUUUGUACACCCCCGCGUCGCAGAACCGCAUCGAGGACGAGUCGGGCUUCGUCCACGUCGGGUGCACGCCAACGGCAACGGCGCGGCAGUACUUCCGACCCAAAAUGCUGAACAGUGUGAACCACGUCUACGUCCCCCUUUUGCUGAUCGGCUGUGUCGCGAACCAGGUCUGCGCGUUACUGGACUUGCUUUUCUGCUCCAGCUGGUACCUCAUCCUGCCCGUCGUCGCGGUGGUAUAGUUUGCAGCUUAUUCAUGAUUCUGAUUUUCAUCUUUGUCAAAUGACAAAUGUAUAAAUAUCAUAUCCUAGGUGGAGCUGAAACCACAACCAUAUAAUCAAAUAGCGUUUAUUCCCAUGUUUGAUUUCUGGAGCGCCUCGUGUGCUACGGGAAGUACUCGUUGCAAAUAUCUUCAUAGAGCACAGUGACAAUGUCGUACAAAUCCAUUGAUAGGUGUCGAGCGCUGCCUACUACGGCUACCGUCGGCUGGACGAAAUAACGUGGUGGUUCAAGACCAUUCCUGGGUGGUAUCUCACCAUCGGCGUUUUCGGCACACACGCUUUACUGCCGAUGUUCUCCGCUUUCAGCUCGAUGCAGAUGGUGAUGCCGUUCGCGCUCCACUUGCAGAACACGACCUUCGAGGAAUUUUCGGUGUUUCUGCUUGGGUGCGCGAACUUUCUGCAUUUGCUGCUGAAAAAGUUGAAUUUCGCCAACCUCCACCCGGUCGAAAAAUUCCUGCAGAAGUGGAAUUUAAGCCUGUUUCAGGAGCGGGACGCCAGCGGCCGUGUCGUGCUGGAUUCCCACCGCAGUUUGAAAAAACUCGUGAACGGAAUUUUAGUACUGCGCCGGCUCUUUUUGAUCGGGUGCGGCUGUGUCUUUGCGGUCUACUCCAUCGUCUGGAUGGAGUAUCUAGGCGGGUUCCUGUUCCUCGGAGCGGGGCAGAAGGGACUCAUGCUGGGCCGCGUGGUCGUCCGACAGCGGUUGGAUCCGACCUCGGUCGAUCCGGCGCUUGCCGCGGAAUUCGGGUUUGCGAACCGGGAACUUCUGGGGGCUGGCCAGGAACUAAUGCACGAAGCGGCGAACGGAGCUGGUGAGCAAGGCGCCGGUGGAUUUCUGUAUGGAGUAGAAGACGUCAGACUCAGAGAUGGGAUACAUCAUCAACUACAUGAUGUGCUGGACCAGCAACAGCAGAAGGACGCCGAAGAUUCUGGACAAGGUUCGUCAUCAUUCUGGAAUCUCUUCUCGUUGAGCACCUCUGCAGCUACAGGAGACCACCACAGGCAACGUAGCGAUCACGAAAGGCACAACGGUGGUGGUCCCAUAUACCAUGCGGAUGGAACUCUAUUGGAGGACGCGAUAGCAGACAUGGAUAUUAUGGGUCAAGACGAGAAUAAUGCGCCACAUAGUUCAGGAAGUACCAACAGUAGCCAUCGAUUCUACCAUAGCACGCAGGAAGAGGCGGAAACGUUCAUAAUCUGGGAGUUCCUGACCAAAUCGCGCAUAUUGAUGCUCGCCGCCCUGUCUGCCUGGUGCCAGCAUCACGUCGCUGAGGUUUUGAGGAAACGCGAAGUCCUGCUGAAACUCGUCGGCGCGGAGCGGAUCAUGGCCAAUAGUCUGUGCUUGCUGCUCAAUGGCGUGGCUAUCAUAAGUGGCACGCACAUAACAAAUUUGACGCUCGCGGAAUUUUUAGAAAAGAUCUCGCCACCGGCAAUCGUGUGCUGCGGGAUCGCGGCGGCUAGGUAUUGAAGUUUUCCCACAUGAUCCUUUUGGUGCGUUUCUGUCCGUUAUCGAUUUGUUUCUCUCUGGCAGAGAGAGCGAACAAGGGACCAGGGAGUGAAAGCAACUGAAAAACAAAUUUCUAUCAAAUGAGACAGUGAUGUAAGUGUAAGGCCAAAUAAUAAAGAUUCACAUUUUGUCAACAAAACAGGUCACGUGCACUGAUGCUGGGUUUCGCGUUGUCCUUGUUCCCAGCCAUCGAAGCCCGGUUCCUUCCGGUGGUGAACUACAGUGGCAGCUUUUUCACGGGCGUGUUACUCAGUGGUUGGGCGUUCACCAUCCUCGGGCGCGAGUACCUGAAGCACGGCCGCAGCAUGGAGGCCAGCCACGCGUACCGGCUAGCGUAUUUGAUGCCUGGCGAGGUAUCGGACCGCACCGUGGCGUUUCUGGACGAAGUAGUGUCACGAGUGCGUAAUCGCACUAUGCAGUACAUGGCGGUAAAUUUCCUGGAGAAACUCUUCCGCUUCUUUCUCGGCCGAACCGCACCGGUUGCGUAAAAAACUUCGCUGCUUGUUUAUCACUUCUUGUGUGUGUGUGUGUAAGAUAGUAGCUCAUCAUACGCAUACUUACAUCAGAGCAGUAGCGUCAUCGAUCCUCACGACCAGCUAGUCCUUCUGUACCCUGGCGGUACAUUCGAUAGCAGUCUGCUCCGACAUCAUAAAGACGCGGAACUAGUAGCAGGUAGACACGAUCAUGUAAAAUUUUCCGCCGUCGCAGUUGCGGUACUCAUGCUCAUCAACAACGACAUCGUCAUCGCAUGACAAACGCAGCAUUGACUGCUUUUGAUAGCACGCUUUUGAGUUUUUGCAAUAGAAAAUCUUUUUGGAAGAUGCACCCAGCUUGUUUGCCCACACCUCUAGAACUUUCAUCUACAACCUUUCCCGCGCAGUUUUAUUCGCUGGACUUUUUU